UGUGACUUCAGGUCCAAUGAGCUGGCAGCCAGACUCACGCAGACUCUGCUCCAACCAGCGCGCGCUCCGCCACUCUGGGAGCUGAGGAGCAGCUGAGGAGCAGCAGAGGAGCAGCAGAGGAGCAGCUGAGGAGCAGCAGAGGAGCAGCUGAGGAGCAGCAGAGGAGAAGGAGCGGAGGAAGGAGAGGCUGAGGGGAGCAUGGCAUCAGAUCCAGGCUUUGCUGCGAUGCUGCUGCUCCUGUUUUCUCUCCAGACUCUGAGCGCAUCAGGAAGCAACAGCAAUGAAGUGAAUCUCCUUGACACAACAACAAUAACAGGAGACUGGGGCUGGCUGACAUAUCCAUCCCAUGGGUGGGACGCCAUUAAUGAGAUGGACGAAUAUUUUACCCCUAUUCACACAUACCAGGUGUGUAAUGUGAUGAGUCCGAGUCAGAACAACUGGUUACGGUCCGGUUGGAUCCCUCGAGAAGGAGCCAAGAGAAUCUACAUCGAGGUGAAGUUCACCCUGAGAGACUGCAACAGCAUGCCUGGAGUUCUCGGUACCUGCAAGGAAACCUUCAACUUGUACUACUAUGAGUCUGACAGAGCUGUGGGCUCAGCCGUACGCGACAGCCAGUUCAUAAAGAUUGACACCAUUGCUGCAGACGAGAGCUUCACAGGAGUGGACCUGGGAGUUCGCAGACUUAAGCUCAACACUGAGCUCUGGGAGAAGUUCAGAGUGGUGAGUUCAAGGACUGUGGGAAAACUGGCUGAAGUGGUUGAUCUGUGUUUUUGUCUUCCCUGUUAUUGUCUUCCUCCCUUUGCAGCCUGUGAAGUGGGUUUCUAUAAGCCAGUGGCAGGUGAUGGGCCAUGUGGUAAAUGUCCUCAGCACAGCCACUCAGAGACCAGAGCUGCAGUCUCCUGCCCAUGUGACUCCAACUACUAUAGGGUGGCGGAUGACCCAUCAGCUGCUCCAUGCUCCCGCCCUCCAUCUGCUCCAGUAAACAUCAUCUCUUCAGUCAACGGGACCUCGGUGAUUUUAGAGUGGGACCGUCCUCUGGAUACAGGGGGACGCAGUGACCUGCAAUACAGCAUACUGUGCCAGAAGUGCUCAGUGGAAGGAACCUGUGAAGACUGCACAGCUUCUCCUGGAGGCAGCAACGGGGGGAAGGUGGGUGGGGGGGCCAGCAUUGGCCUGGGCGGAGGAGGCCUUGUGGAGCGCUCUGGCAGUGCGGCCGUUAGAUUCAUUCCUCGUCAGAGCGGUUUGACGGAGUCUCGAGUGACGGUGCUCAACCUGGUGGCCCAUACCAACUACUCCUUCCGGAUCGUGGCCACAAAUGCCGUGACACACCUGAGCAAUGAGGUGCCGCCUUAUGCUACGGUCAACAUCACAACAAACCAGGCAGCCCCGUCUGAAGUGUUAUCGAUCCGUCAGGAAAACACAAGCCAGAGCAGCGUGACUCUGAUGUGGCAGGAACCCGACCAGCCCAAUGGGGUCAUCCUGGAGUACGACAUCAAAUACUACGAAAAGGAUCACGAAGAACACAGUUACAGUUCUCUGAAGUCUAAAAACACCAGCGCUCUUGUGUCAGGACUGAAGCCCGGCACAAAGUACAUCUUCCAGGUUCGUGCCAGAACCUCAGCCGGCUGUGGACGGUUCAGCCAGAACAUCGAGAUCCAGACUGGAAAAGCAGCUCCUUUGCAUUACAACACAAUGACCAUCAUUGGGAUCUCAAUGGCCCUGGUGUUUGGCCUUGUCACUUUCUUGGCCAUCAUCCUCUGCAGGAAACGGCAAGGCUACACUUUACCACACUACCCUUCGCUGCUGUGUGUUGAACACUUUCUUAUGAUACUGUCCCUCUUUAUAUAACUUUAUGUUUGAUAGAAUGAUCUGUAUAUAUAAAAAGAGAUAUCUGUCUUUGCCACUUUGGCUGCAUGUAGAAUGAAUAAUGCGAUUAAACAGGAAUAGGAAAUUAAAAUAUUGAUCAGUGAUAAUUAUUGGCAUAACAAAAUGUCAUGACUUUGAAACACCAUGGUAUUUCUUCUCAAAUUUAAGUUGGUUUAGCAAUUUUAUAUUAGAAAAUUAUAUUAGCUAUACCUUGGUCUAGUUUUCUCAGUGAACAGCAAGUGCUGCAGGUGACCCCUUCUCAAGCAGCCAAGGCUUUGCCCUGUAGAAAAAGUCAUUAUCGGACACAUUAAAAGUGUAUGUAUGCAAACAGCUUUCGAGGAUCUGGCAGUUACCCACUGGGAGAGCCAGGAAUAUGUCAGGUGCAGCAACUCCCAGUAGUAGGGCCUGCCAUAGGUCUAAUCCAUGCCCAAUGAAACAGGAAGUGAUGUCAUGGGACUGUAUACCGCAGCUUCUACAGCAGAAAUCAUUACAGAGGUCCUCUGGCAAAUUAAUUCCCAGUUCUUGGCCAGAGGCAAUGCUUUUAACCUCUCUUUGAAUAAUACUUCUCAAUAUAGUACAUUACUUU